GAGCGGUGCACUCCUCACCGCCCGCUGCUGCCCCGCAGUCGGACUUCGAGCGACUGGUGGGAUAAAAAAUUUCGAAGGCGAAACGCAAAUCUUCUUCUUUUCCCUUUCUUUUGGGGGGGAACAGUCGGCCGAUCCAGCCAGAGAAGUCGUCACUGUCUCCCCCCGCCAACACCCUUCUUUGUCUCGACCCUUCACCGGCCCAGUUGCUAUUUGAUUAGUUGCUGUUGCCCAGAAAUGCCGGCGGCAAACGGUCCCAAUGCCAGCGAGGGCGUCCUCGACUACCGGAAGGCGGUCGAGGUGCUCAAGGAGUACGAGCGUCCUGAUGGUCUCAGUAUUGACGAACUCAUGGACUCUAAGGUCCGUGGCGGUCUGACAUACAAUGAUUUCUUGCUCCUCCCUGGCUACAUUGGCUUUCCCGCUUCUGCCGUCAACCUUGAAUCGCCCGUGACCAAGAAGAUCACGCUGAAGACGCCUCUGGUCUCGUCGCCCAUGGACACCGUCACGGAGCAUGAAAUGGCAAUCCACAUGGCGCUCCAGGGCGGUCUCGGCGUGAUUCAUCACAACUGCUCGCCCGAGGCCCAAGCCGACAUGGUCCGGAAGGUCAAGCGGUACGAGAACGGCUUCAUUUUGGAUCCCGUGGUCAUCAAGCGGGAGACGACCGUUGGCGAGGCCAUUGCUCUGAAGGAGAAGUGGGGUUUCGGUGGUUUCCCCGUCACAGAAACCGGCAAACUGGGAUCCAAGCUCUUGGGUAUCGUCACGAACCGUGACAUUCAAUUCGAGGACGACCUGAGCAAACCUGUGUCCGAAGUGAUGGUCACCGAUCUCAUCACCGCCCCGGCAGGGGUCACUUUGCUUGAGGCCAACAAGAUCCUUGCCGAGUCCAAGAAGGGCAAGCUUCCGAUCGUUGAUAAGGAGGGAAACCUCGUUUCAAUGAUUUCGCGCUCCGAUCUGACAAAGAACCUUGACUUCCCUCUCGCAUCCAAGACUCCCGAUUCCAAGCAGCUCAUCUGCGCUGCUGCUAUCGGCACCCGGCCCGAGGAUAAGGAUCGUCUUGCAAAGCUGGUUAAUGCCGGUCUGGACAUUGUCGUUCUCGACAGCAGCCAGGGCAACAGCAUAUAUCAGAUCGAGAUGAUCAAGUGGAUCAAGCAAGAGUACCCCAAUCUCGAGGUCAUUGGCGGCAACGUCGUGACCAGAGAGCAAGCCGCGGCUUUGAUUGCUGCCGGUGUGGAUGGUCUCCGCAUCGGCAUGGGUAGCGGCAGUGCCUGCAUCACCCAAGAGGUCAUGGCUGUUGGCCGUCCCCAGGCUACUGCCGUCCACAGUGUCAGCAAGUUUGCUGCAAAGUUUGGCGUGCCGUGCAUUGCCGACGGUGGCAUCCAAAACGUCGGCCACAUUGUCAAGGGUCUUGCCCUCGGCGCCUCGACCGUUAUGAUGGGUGGUCUUUUGGCUGGCACCACCGAAUCGCCUGGCACCUCGUUUGUGUCUCGCGAGGGCAAGCUCGUCAAGGCCUACCGCGGCAUGGGCAGUAUCGAUGCCAUGCAGGACAAGAGGGCAGCCAGCGGUGGCAAAGACAGCCAGAAGAGCAAUGCUGGCACUGCUCGUUACUUCUCGGAGGGUGAUAGUGUCCUCGUUGCCCAGGGUGUCUCGGGCGCUGUUGCACACCGAGGCUCCGUCUCCAAGUUCGUCCCGUACCUUGCUGCCGGUCUGAAGCACUCGAUGCAGGACUGCGGCAUGACCAGUCUCAAGGAACUUCACGAGUGUGUGGCCAACGGCACGGUGAGGUUUGAGCUCCGCACUGCCAGCGCCCAGCUGGAGGGUGGCGUGAACAUGGAGUCUUAUGAAAAGAAGCUCUUUGCUUGAGCAGAUAUGGUCUGGUGGGAACUGAAAGUUUAAGGAACGGGCAACAAGUGAAAUGACACGGGACGGCUGCGGCUGCAACGGCUAUUAUGGAGUUUGGUGGGAAAACGGAUGCGGUGACUGGGCCUACCGAUCCUCCUGUAACACGGAGGAUCAAGUCGAUUUUCAGUGCACAUAGUUCUAGCACGUUCGCUGAAUAUACGUGACUGUGACUGUGACUGCGUUGCUGGUAUCAAUGUAUU